AUGGGAAUGGCGGUGCGGCAGGGCUGGCUGCGCAUCGCCGCGUUGUCUCUGUGCGUCGCGCCGUCGUCGUCGACGGGCAAAGGGCCCGUCGGCAUCUUCGCCGUCGACGCGACGCACGUCGUCAUCACGGACUCGAACUUCGCCGCGCUCUUCGCCGUGGACACGCGCGCGAGCCGGCGCGUCGGCGACUUCUUCUGGCCCGUGGACAGGUACAACCGCGCGCGGACAAAUACGACGCGCAAACAGGACUGGGUGUCGCCGACCGGCGUCGGGUCCUGCGCCGCCUGCGCGACCGCCUGGGUCUCCUCGAACGGCAACGAUGAGAAGCCGAGCUUCUGGCGCGUGGACCUCGCGCGGCCGCUGGCCGCCAUGGCGCAAACCGGGACCUUCGACGAGCUGGCGUCGUCGCGCGUCGUCGCGCGGCCCGUCGACGGGCGCGGCGUCGCGCGCCUCGCGGACGCCGGCCACGGGCCGUCCCUGAACGCGAGCCUCCGCAUGGUCGCAAUCGCCCCCAACGGCCGGGACGGCUACGUCGCGGCCAUGGGCUACGGCGUGCUCGUCUUCGACGCGACCGACGCGGCCGACGGGGGGCUUCUCCCCGUGGCCCAGCUGCGGCCGCGCCGCGGCGACGAGUUCGAGCUCCGCAUCACCGCGCUCUCGGGCCUCCAGUUCUCGUCCGACGACGGGUCCGCGCUCCUCGCGACGGACGAGGCGUCGUUCCUGCGCCUCGCCGACGUGAGCCGCCGCCGGUCGCGCGCGACCUUUGCGUCCGUCGGCUUCCGCGCCGCGUGCGGCGACCGCCACGCGCGCGACGUCGUCGAGGCCGGCGGCGCCUACUACGUGCUCAGCGGGCCGCAGCCCGUGUCCGACGCCAAGGGCCUCUACCGCGUCGACGCGCGGGGCGACGUCAGAUGCGCGCUGCUCACGAGCGACGACAAGGCCAACGGCUGGCGCGACGGCGCCUUCGGCGCCGCCCAGUUCUCGCGGCCGCACGCCAUGGCGCGGCUGCCGGGGACGUCGUCCCUCGCGAUCACGGACAUCGACAACCGCGUGCUGCGCCUCUACGCCUUCGCGCGCGAGGGCCAGGUGCGCACGGUGCCCUACGCCCAGGACCUCUGGGGCCGGCGCUUCCGCGGCGCGCCGGCGCCGGCGCCGCCGGCGGCCGCCGUCGCGCCGGGGUUGCGCGCCGCGCGCCGCUUCGACGACGCGCGCGCGGCCUGCGCGCGCGGCGGGCGCGACCUCUGCGGGCUCGGCGGCCUGCCCCGCGGCGACGCGGCCUGGGCGCGCGCGCUCUGGGCCGGCGACCCGCGCGGCGACGCGAACGCGCGCUUCGCGGCGCCCGAAACCGACUACGCGCUCUUCUGGACGCGCGAGCCGUGCGCGAGCUGCUGGCUGCGGAACCCGGGCGAGUGCGACCCGUUCGACGUCGACCGGCCCUACCCGCUCAACCCCAGGAACUACACCACGUCGACCUGGGGCCACGGCCGCAGGCUCGCCGCGGAGCUCGCGAGGGACGGCACCCUCGCGUACCUCUGCCUGGGGCCCGGGGAGCGGCUGGCGGGCCUGCCGGUCUGCUGCCCGCGCGGGGACUAA